AUGGACGACUCUGCAGCAGAAAACACCACCACCACAUACGAUUGCGUUAUCAUCGGCGCAGGCUACUCUGGCCUUGCUGCAGCGCGACUCCUCAAAGAUUCGGGCAAGAAGGUCCUGGUGUUGGAAGCUCGCGACCGCGUCGGCGGGCGGUCGAAGACGAUACCCCUCGAGAAUGGAGACUACUACGAUGUCGGCGCGACUUUCGUAGGACACCAGCAGGAUCUCAUGUAUGGCCUCAUCGAGGAAUUCGAAGUUCCCCUCUUCAAACCCCCCACGGACGGAAAGAUUGUUCUGGCAUACCGGGGCAAAGCUCGAAGCUACAGCGGCCUCAUCCCCCCACUGCGGCCAUGGGAUGUUCUCGACAUGGGGCUUUUCGUCAAGAGGUUCGAGAAGCUCUGCGACUCAGUCAACCUGGAGGAGCCGUGGGCGACACCAAACGCAGAAGAGCUCGACCGGAUCACGGUACAUGAAUGGCUGAGGAAGAAUGCUUGGACGCAGGCCACGAUCGAUAUGGGAAGCUUAGCUUUCGAGGGAACCAUCGGGGCGAACACCUCUUGCAUAUCUAUGCUCCAUGCCUUGUUCUACUUCAAAGGAGCCGUCAGCUUUACUUCAGCACUCAGCGUGGAAGGAGGGGCCCAGCAACAUUUCGUGAAGGGGGGUACACAGCUCAUCGCAGAUAAGUUGAGGGGGUACAUCGGUGAUAAGUCGAUUCGUCUGGAGGAACCGGUUCGCGCAAUCUCGUACACGGAAAGCGUGGCAACGAUCAAGACGACGAAAGCAACGUACCAGGCGAGGAGGAUUAUCUCCGCGAUUCCACCUCCGCACAUCCUCAAGAUCGACUUCGAGCCCAAGCUGCCAGUGGAGAAGGUUACGUUGCUCCAGCACACUCCGAUGGGGGCGUACAUGAAGGUUUAUGCGACUUACAAGACGCCGUUUUGGCGUGACAAGGGGCUGAGCGGAGAAAGCACAAACCCAAUCGGCUUCUUGAGCGUCACGUACGAUGCGACCCCCGAGUCGGGAUACCCGGCGAAGUUGACCGGCUUCAUCGCGGCAACCAAAGCCAGGGAGUUCAUCAGCUUCAGUAAAGAACAGAGACGGCAGGUGGCGCUGGCAGGAUUCGCGGCCGCGUUCGGGCAGGAGGCAUUGGACCCGGAAGAGUUCUUCUUUCACACGAUGAUGGAGGAAGAUUGGGCUACUGGUUGCCCCGCGGCCACGCCUGCUCCGGGGAUGUGGACAACCCUGGGUGAAUGGGUUAGGAAGCCGAUCGGUGCUAUUCACUGGGCCGGAACGGAGACCUCGACAAAGCACUACGGAUACAUGGAGGGAGCGGUGUUUGCUGGACAGAGGGCUGCGAAGGAGGUUUUGGAGGAAUUGAAGUGGAAGAUAUGA